UAUAGAGAGAGACGGGGAGAGGGAGCUGGUUAGAGAAGUCGCUCACCAACACCGCCCCCUCCAUCAUUUCUGUAAUCGAGCGUCGAGCUGCACGAUCUGCACCUCUGCAUUAUGCGCGUUUGGUGUCGGUGGGAAUUCUCGGUAAACACAGCACAGGCACAGAGCUCCAGCCCCUUCGCAUCCCCCACAAAUAGCUAGUGUGUGCGCGGAGCAGGAGGCGGUCUGUCCUGUUUAUCAAGAAAAUGAUUCGACACGGCUGUGCCGUUUGCUCAGCGCUUAUGGAGGCGAGUCCAGAAACCAUAACGAGCUGAGAGAGGGGGAGACGCCAGAUAUCUUAAUGAACGUCAUAAGUAAGGUUGGGUGGCCAUGGACCCUUUCAACCAGCUUAUUCUCGUCAUCUCAGUGACCAGCUUCUUCACCUUCCAGUGGCUCUUCCACAGAGUCAGCCCCUGGUUGUCUGUACGCAUCAGUCCUGGCUUCCUUGGCCUCAGCGACAAGCAGAAGGUGGAAUGGAACUCGAGGACAGUAUCAACGUUUCACGCCUUGUUGGUGGGAAUAUUCUGUCUUUACAUUCUGUUUUUUGAUGAUGCUGUCAAUGAAGAUCCAGUUUGGGGAGAUCCUACACUGGUCAAGACAAACGUCGCAAUUACAACAGGCUACCUCAUAUCGGAUUUGCUGCUGAUAUUUUAUUAUUGGAAGGCAAUAGGCGACAAGUUUUUUGUAGUUCAUCAUCUGGCAGCGUUGUAUGCUUACUACUAUGUACUGGGCCAAGGAAUGUUGCCUUAUUUUGCUAACUUCCGCCUGCUAGCUGAGUUUUCUACACCGUGUGUAAACCAGCGCUGGUUCUUUGAGGUGUUGGGUUAUCCCAAGUCCUCCCGGCCCAACAUGGCAAAUGGCGUUGCCAUGGCAGUGGUGUUUUUCCUCGUCCGCAUCGGUGUCAUGCCAGUCUACUACAGUCGCAUGUAUGCGGUCUAUGGCACUGAGGCCUUCUACCUGGUGCCAUGGGGUGGUCGUGUAGCCUGGAUCUGCUCCAGCAUCUGCUUGGACAUUAUGAACAUAAUGUGGAUGCAUAAGAUCGCCCGUGGAUGUUACAAGGUCCUACGAUCAGCACACCGGAGCAAAGCUGGCACACCUCAGGAAAACGGCAAGACGGAUUAAGAGAACCAGGUGUCACUGGUGAGAACAUGCCACAGCAGAAACACUGACAACACUAUGUGCAGUGGCUCGUAGCAAGUUGGACCCUGGCAUGCAAGGCUGCUUCAUUAGCAGCCUACCUGGGACUUGAGAUUACAAGACCACAUGCAGUGAGGGAACUUGAAAGCAGGCACAGUGACCGAGAUGUACCAAUGGACCAUUUAAAAUGGCCAUCCCAAAGCCAUGAAAUGACCUCUUAGCAAUACUGUGUGCAUGGCCAAUUAUUUUUCUUGUGAAGGAUUUACCAGAAGAGGUCAUCCCGGGACAAAGCGGCUGUUAGCCCAACAACAAAUUGUCAAAAAGUUUACCAUUCUUUACGAACUUCGUGAUCAACAAAAGACUUUUGUAUUAAUGCUGCUGUCUGAGUCGCAGAAUGAAAACGAUGAAAUAGAUGGUGUUGGUGAGGUAAAUAUGUGAGGAAACCUCCAAAGCAUUUUGUGAAUCCACAUUGAUGGUCAGUGUCAUAAAAUCCUUGUUAGAUGCCAUUUGAGGGAUAUGUGAUUAAGAAAUAAUCAAAUUCCAUCAAGUGCAGUCUCAGAAGAAUUUGUGAUUUUAUUUUUUUUAAUUAAAUUAAAAUUUUUUUUUUUUUUAAAUCACUCAACCCCUUGUAAUUUAAUUUUUUUUAACCUUUAUUUAACCAGGAAGUGAAAUUCCAGAGAGUGAGAUGUUCUUUUGUGAGUGCCAAAAUGCGCAGAUACAAACCAGCAUUUAAAGUCUGUCAGAAUAACAGAAGUCAUAUAUGUUCAUUUUAAAUGUAGGGUUGAAGACGAAUCGGUACAUAUAUGCAUUUUCUUACUUUUGUCUUGCUGGAGUCAAAGUACAUAGGGUUUUAAAGAUACAUAGGAUAUUAAUUAACUGGUAUUAUUUAAAAGGAGAUGUGCAGAGUACCUUAGAAAUACUAAAAGGGAAAGUGAAUGUUACUGGUGGUGUCUGUACAAUAAGAAAUUCAAGCGCAUCAUCAGAUGUUAAUCCAGCCAAGUUAUGUAUACAAACUGAUCACUUUGCUUUUAAAAAGUGUGUUGCUGAAGUGUUUUAUUCCACAUUUUCUUAGUUUUGCAUUAUGAAAUGAAUGUAGAGAGGUGAAACUCAACUGAGUCAGGGCCAAGGACAAAUAUGACAAAUUCAACAAAACCCAGAUUUUCACAGAAAAUGUUUUAACGCUUUAGUUGACCUGACAUUUAAUGUUUGUUUGCCCUUCCGAGUGUUACUUGUUGGCUUUUUUUUUUUUUUUUUUU